UGUAUUGUACAGUUCAAAACAAAGCGCUCGUGUUGACUUUUGGUAGAAAGAAAAUUUCGAUACAAAUUUGGAAAAAGUGUAUUAAUUAGUGAAAAAACAGUGAAAUAAUAUUUUCCAUAAUGGAUUACGACGAGUUAACGGUGGUAGAGGAACAAAGCCAGUCUGAAAGGAAGGAAAGCGGCAAACGAGGACGCAAGCCAGGCCGCAAAGCAUCAACAGAAAGGGUCGAUAUGAAAGCAAAGUUGGAGCGUAGCAGACAGAGUGCCCGGGAGUGCAGAGCACGUAAGAAGCUGCGGUAUCAGUAUUUGGAGGAACUGGUCAGCGAUCGUGAGAAAGCCGUGUACGAAUUACGCCGUGAGUUAGAUAAAUUGCACUACUGGGCACUGGAGAUCGAUGCAGGCCGUUUCCCCGAGGGCUUGCAGGAACUGUUGGAGGAGCUAGGUGCCAUGAAGCAGGAGUAAUUUAUCACGUACUGUGCGGAACGAUUUAUUUUUACGGUUUUGUUGUCAGUCGAAUGUGUUUUAAUGUUUCAUAAGUACGUACCAUUAUUAUUUGGAUUAUAAAAUUAGUUUCUACUGUAAGAGUAGAUUGGUAUCAUGUUUUAUUUAAAUGCUUGUUUCAAUUGGUGUUUGAUAAAAGUUAUAUAAUUUGAUAACUUCUGUUUAAAACGUUAGUGAUCAGUCAUUUUAGGUUUAUAAAAUGUGGAAGAAAAAAUGCUACAAAAACAUUGCAAAACGAUAAAAAUUAAAAAAAAAUACGGUUUGAAUAUAAUUGACCUCAAUAUUAUAUACCGGUAACACUAUGUACAACCAACCCAAAUAUACAAAAAAAAAUCUGUUGAAAAUCACGUUAUAAUAGCAGUACCAGUGAAUAGUUGUACUCCUGGAAAUCAAGCAAAAGCCAACCUGCUUUAAAUGCUUUAUGCCGCCUGUGGCACUUGUAUGUAAAUAGCAGCAACCACGCUUACAGUCAGUUUUAAUUUAAUCUCAUUGUGAUUACUAUUAAAUAGACUAACAGCAUAAUUAUUGAUACGAUUGUUUUCAGAGCAAUGUAAAAUACUACACAGAAUACAACCAAUGACUAUUUUUGUAAUACAGAUUUUAAAACCAUGGAUAAGA